AUGAAUGAACAAUCAAAUUCAAAUACCCCACAACCGUAUAAUUGUGACAUGUCAGAUCAUGCUGUAAAUUUAGCUUCAAGCGAUGAAAUUUGUGAAGUUGAUUUUGUUAGAAAUGAUAUUCCACCAACAAUUGUUGAUAAUUUUGUACCUGUGGCAGAUGAAGUUAGUCAACAAAAUGCUAAAAAUGUAGCUCAACUGAAAUGGAGACAUCGAAUGGGAAAUAAAGGCUUUGCUGUUAUAAGAGAAAAAAUGCAUGAAAGUAAUGAAGAUAAAGAACCUCCGACUCAAGCUGAAAUGUUCAUUGCUACUCGACAAAGUAGGAAAGGAAAGGAGUUGGAUCAAGAAACUAAUACUGCAAUUAUAAAGCUUCAAGACUUGAUUGAAAGUCAAGGUAAAUCUUCUUCAAAAGCUUUUGAAAGUGUAUUAGGCAAACAAAAACCUGGAAGAGUGCGUUGCCACGGAAGAACCACAACACCGACUCUCUUGAAAAGAAAUGAAGAAAUUGCAAAACUUAAAAGAGAUCAUGCUGCUGAGGUUAGACAUGUGAUACAAGAGAUGGAGGAGAGACGUUGCCAAGAUAAGGAGGAAACAGAAAGAAGAAUGCAGCUUCUCCUUAAGACCAUUCUGAAUCAAAACACCUCAAAUUUGGAUAUAAAGGCUUUGGCAGCUUUGAUAUCAGCUCCUGCAACGGAUGCUAAUAGUGCCUUACGUUCUUCUGCAUCAACACAUGCUCCAACUAAUGAUCAAAACAUGAAUGAUGAUAUCAAUGGAGAUUUUCAGUCAUUCGGAGAUGAAGAAACAUAG